AUGGCAGAGCCACUGGCGGCCGGGGAGGGGGAGACGAAUCCCUCACCGCGGUGGCAGGUCAUCACAAAGAAAAUAUUGAAAUUCAUCUUACACCAGUGGCUCCUAAUCGGAAUGGGAGUCGCUUGUGCAUUGGCCUACUGCUUCCCCAAUGUCGCCAAGCACGGUGGAAUCAUUCGGUCCCAGUAUAGUGUGAUGUACGGGGUGAUCGCCCUCAUCUUCCUGAUCUCGGGACUGAGUAUCGAUCGCCGGAAACUGUUUUUACAGUUUAUGAACUGGAGACUGCACCUCACUGUGCAAGUGAUAUCCUUUUUAUUCAUACCCGCCGUGGUCUUGGCGGUUGUUUAUGCCAUUUUGGCUGGUGAUCCGACUGGAAAGAUCAACCGGUCUGUGCUGGCAGGAUAUAUCUUCGUGUCAUGUAUCCCAACAACGAUCGCCUCCAACGUGGUGAUGACUCGGUCUGCUGGUGGAGAUGAUGCAGCGGCGUUAGUGGAGGUUUUGAUCGCCAACGUUUUUGCUCCGUUCGUGACUGCCGCUUGGACUGUGGCUUUGAUCCCCAAGACCUCUGAGUUCGACGCUUGGAGGUAUGGGGGCGGGGACAUGAGCAGCAUGUACAGAAAUGUCUUUCAGCAACUAGGGUUGAGUGUCUUGCUGCCGUUGUUCGUGGGGCAAAUUAUACGAUGGACAUGGCCUGAUCGUGUAGCCAGGGUGUUGCAGAAGACAAAGCUGCCCAAGUUGGCUUCCGUCUGCAUGUUGCUGCUAAUCUGGACGACAUUUUCCUCUUGUUUUGCUACAGGAGCUCUUCAGGAAAUGGAUACCCAGAGCGUCAUCUUCGUCGUAUUGUUCAACAUCGCCCUUUACAUCUUCCUCACAGGAGUCUGUUUCAUCAGCUCUCGACCACCUCAAAUAUUCGCUUCAAAUAGGUGGUAUAAAAUUGUAUUCCAGCCCCUUCCUCCCAAAGAGACCAUUGCGGCAUGUUUCUGCGGUCCCGCAAAAAGCACAGCCCUUGGAAUUCCACUUUUGUAUGCCAUGUGGGCACCACUGGAUCUAUACCUCAAAGCACAAACAUCUGUGCCUGUGUUGCUCUACACCACCGAACAGAUCUGUGUAGCCCAUUUCUUUGUCCAAAUCUUUCGCAAAUGGCACUCGCACGUAGAAAAACGAGACGGAGAGCAGAUUGCACGCGGCGAGUCGCCGGAGAUCAGCAUGGCGGAAACUCCGGUGGGGGACAGGGCGCUACCCCUGAGAGAAGGGAAUGAUUCUAAGCCUUAA